AUGAGCGGCAUCGCCGAGUACCGCCGGCGCGUGCAGGCGCGCCACCGCCCCGUCGUCGCGGUCGCGACCGCGCCCGAGGUGGACGCGUGCCUCGCCCGGAGCGGCCUCACCCUCGUCGACGCGCUGCGGCCGUGGAGCGACGUCAGGGGGAUCUCAUUUAGCGUGCGUCUCAACCCCGAGAGCGGGUACCCGCACGUGUUGUCCGAGUUUGGGGUUCGGUUUCACGACGCGCGGGAGUGCGCCAGGGUGCCGGGGCACGUCAUCGACGCGCACGCGGCGGCGUCGCUCGAGCCAUGGUCGGCGGCGGACGCGCCAGGCCUCGCCCGCGCGCUCGCGGGGGUUCCAUCCGACGUUCCUUCUCUCAUCGCGCACGCCAGGGGCGAACACUCGCGGGGGGGCGAGGACGCGGGCUGCACCCGCGACGUCGACGCCGCCGCCGCCGCCGAGCCCACGCACAAGACGUUCGCGGCGCCGUGGCUGGACGCGUACCACGCCCGGUUCGAUCGCGCGAUGCAGUUCGCCGACCACGAAGCCAUCGACCACCCCGUCGGCGUCGUCUUCGCGGUGAUGGCCAACGUACCGGGCGAGGACCCGGCGGAGGCGUACAGGAGGCUGGCGCAGGAUCCGGCGUCGUUCCCGCCCUGUCUGUUGGAUGCACAGCUGGCGGACCCGGACGUUCCGACGCACUGCGUGCUGGUGCACGACGCGUCGUCGCCGUCGGCGAUGACGGACGCCGACCUGGAGACGUUGCGACAAAAGACGCAGACGGAGAUCGGCGCGAGCGGCGGGACGUUCGUGCUGCCCGUGAACGGCGCUCGCGAGCCCGUGGUUGGGCGCGCGGACGCGUGGAGCGCGUGUCUCGAGACGCGGUUGGCGGCGUCCGCUCGCGGGAUCGAACCGGCGACCGUCGGGUUCGCGGCUCGAGGCGCGUACCUCUCCGACGAGGACGUCGAGAGGCACCGGGUGUUCGUCGCCGAGCUCGUGAACCUGAGCUUGCUUCCCUCCAUGGACAGGCGCGCCAAGGCGUUGAACGCCGUCAUCAUCGCCAACAGAAAGGGCCUCAAGAACCAGCUCAAGUCGUUCUGGGGGCGGAGCACCGGUGCGAUCGCCAAGCCCGAAGGGGACGACGGGUACGCGAGGGACUGCAUCGAAUCGCAGAUGAGGAUAGCCGCGGAUCUGUCCAUGGCGCUUCGCGAUUACGAGGGAGCCGCGGGGCUUUACAGGCUGCUCGCGGCGGACUACAAGGCGGACAAGGCGUGGCGACGGCUGGGCGCCGCGCAGGAAAGCCUGGGGCACGCGCUGGCGAUGACGCAGACGAUGAGGCGAUGGAACGCCGAGGGGCCGCCGCACCGCGAGGCUCGGAGGGAAGCGGAAUCGGCUCUGGAAUCCGCCGCGGGGUGUCACGCGCGCGCGGCCGCGGUGGGAACCGAACCCGGGACCUCACACACCGCGAAUACGGCCCAAACCGGCUCGUCCAUCACCCCCGCGGACCGCGCGAGGUGGGCCACGAAGGCUGGUUUGGCUCACGCGGCUUUUCUCGCCGCGUGCGGGGCUCACAGAGAGUGCGCCUCGCCGCUGAUGCGAGCGUCCGCGGAAGAUUCGCAAAACCACGCACGUGCGGCGCUGUGCCUGGAGGGUGCCGCGCACGCGUACCUCCGCGCCGAGGUUCCCAUGCCGAGGAAAGCGGCGAUACACAUGGUGUUGGCGGGCCAUAGGUUUAAUCAGGCGCAGCUGAGGGCGUUCGCGGUUCGGUGCUACGCGUGGGCGUUGACUGUGUACGCGCACGAGGGCGCGCCGCUCGGGAGGCUCGCGGCGUCGUGGAGCCGGCUGGGGAGCGACGGGAAAGCGUUGAACGAUGGCCGCGACGGGGUUCGAACCGGCGACCGCGGCGAUACCGGAGGGUCGACGAACGCGGGAUGGUCGAGGGCGAAGGAGCACCUGCACUUUGCGCUGGGAAGGCAGGUGGCGCAUGCGGGGGAGAUGACGGGCGCGGGCCGGUAUUUCCGGGAGUUGCUGACGUGCGCCGAGCGCCAACCCGCGGCGACGCAGGCGACGUACCUCAAGGAGUACCUCUUCGUGUGCCAGCGGGCGAUGGAGACGGCGGAGGGCGGUGACUCACCGGGCGAGGGUGACGGAAACAUCAGAGACGGGAAAAUAGGAGACCAGAAAAUGGCCAAACCCAACCCGCCGGUGCCGCUGGUGGACGUCAGCGACGUGCACGUGCGGUUCAACGACCAGCGCGUCGACCUAGGGUUCGGCGGUGACGCGACGACGACGCCCGGCGUGAGCGAACCGGCGUGCGCCACGUGGCCGAGGAGCAGGUGGAACGCGCUCGAGGAUGACGGGCUGAUUCCGCCCAAGCUUCGAGCCGUCGGCGGCCCGACGUGGCUCGAUAAGCCGAGGGAGAAGGGCGGCGUUCAGCGGAACGUCUGCGCACUCGGCGAGCCAAUCGGGGUGGACGUUCGGAUGCGUAACCCGCUGAAGGUGGAGGUGAGCCUCACGAACGCGCGGCUGGUGUGCGAACUCGAGGAAUCAGACCAGGGCGAGUCGGGCGGGGUGUCGGACGGGGUGUCGACGCCGGCGAUUACCGUCGCGUUGUCGCCCAAGGAGACCAAGACGGUCAGGCUGGUCUGCGUUACAAAAACGCCCGGGAAGAUGCGAAUCGUCGGCGUCGCGUGGACGCUCGCGAACGUCGACGACGGGUACGCCGCCUUCGACGUGCGCGCGCCGAGGACCCGACGCGCUGCGCAGACCCAGGAGUGGGUCCGCGACGUGCCCCGAGAAAAGCGUCUUGCGUUUACCGUCGCGCACGCGAUGCCCAAAAUCGUCGUCACGAUCCACGGCGUUCCGCGCCGUUGCCCGCGAGGCGCGAGCGUGCGGUGCACGCUUCGCGUCGGCAACGAGUCCGUCGCGGGAGGGCCUUGCGCGCGACGCGUGAGGGUGCGUUUGCCCGGCGGCGGCGUGUGCGUUCCGGCGGAUGAAGAGACGUUCGGCGAGUUGCUCAACGGCGGCGGUUGGUCGGCGUCCACCACGCCGUCGCUCUCCGCGCACGGAUCGUUCGCGGACCUGGCUAAGCUCACGCUGGAGCCGACCAAGCCCGGUGGGCCCCCGAGAAGGCGCGCGGACGUUCCCACCGCGUCGUCGCCCGCGAGUUUGGACGGUUUGGUCUACGCGCCCGCCGCGUGGGAAAAGAUUGAGCCCGGCGAGGUGAAAGCGGCGGACUUUUGGCUGCACCCGACGGGCGCGUGCGGGCCGCUGGACCUGCCGUUCGUCGUGUCCUUCGAACCCCCGGCUCCCGCGCCGCCGCUGCUCAAGUACCGCGCGGUUCGUCUCGCCGCGGGCACCGACGUGGUCCCGUCUGUGGAGUGCUCGGUGACGGCGCACCGCCACUCGGGGGACCCCGCCGGCCGAGUGCUCAAGGUGUCCUUAGUGCACUCCGACGUCGCGGGAUCGAAUCCGGGCGCGAGCGGCGCGAGCUCGUUCGCGAUGACGCGCGUCUCGCUGGUGCGCGCGGCGGAGGGGAGCCGGCUGCGGCUGACGCCGCUGGGCCACCCCGUGGACAAACCGAGAAUCGCCGCGCCCGGCCGCGGGUGGGACACCAUCCUCGCGAUGCAAACAGACGAAACCGCCGAUACCGGCAUAUCGGGCGGCGAGGUCCCGGGUUCGAUUCCUGUCGCGGCCGCGCUCGAUUUCGGCGUGGGCGACGCGCCCCCGUCCCCAACGCCCCACCCUCCUCACGUGCGGCUGCACAGGGCGAUGACACCGCUGGACUUGGCCGCGGCGCCGCCGCCGUUCCCGGGAUCGCUGCUCGGGGUUGACGCAAUCGUCGAGUGGCUCGAGAUUUUACCGCCAGACGCGCCCGCGGGUCGAUCGCCGACGGUGGGAGCGUGCCACGUGUGCAACGUCGCCGGCGCGCUCGCGAGGGACCCGGUACGGGCCAAGGCGCUCGGUUUGAAGGCGUUCGAUGCACCCGGGGCGGGCGGGUCGGCGGGCGCGGCGACCGGCUCGACUCGUUCCCAGCCGGAUUGGGACGUGCGGUGGACGCUGAUGGGGCCCGCGGCGGUGACUUUGCCGGAAGAGCCCGGAAGAUCCGUGGAGAUUUCGGUGACGCUCCGCGCGCACAACCCGUCGCCCGAACCCGUGCGUCUGACGUUCCGGUCGACGUGCGGCGACGUCGCGGGCGACGGCGGCGGGUGGAAACGGGCGAUCGAGCCGACCGUGCCGCCGCCGACGCCGCCUUCGCCGCCUCCAGUCCCGAGGUACCCGAUUCGGACGAUGCGCCCUGGCAGGGCGUGGCUGUGGACGGGCGCGGUGAAGAAGACGGUGAUCGUGCGAUCGGGGGAGACCGUGGACGUGGCGUUGAGGGCGGAGGCGUUUGCGAGGGGCGUGUUCGUGAUGAAGGAUUAUACGCUCGCUUGGACAGCGGCGGCGGAGGGAGGGGGGGGCGACGGCGGGAACGCGAAAAUCGCGCAUCCGCCGCAGGCGUGCAACGCCCCGUUCGUCGUCGAGGUGAGGUGA